UAACAGUUGUAAUUCGUGACCAUUUCAACUUCUACCUGCCUUGAAGAAGGGCCUCAAGGAUUUUUCAUCUCCGAGGACAAUACCGUGCGCAUAACCCACUGAAUAUUGGAGAUCUAAGGGAAGAUGAGGGGAUCUAACAUGUUCGGAAAGUUUGUUCCUCUUUUGUUCCUCCUCGCUUCAACACAAGGAGCUUCGAUUAAACCUCCAGGAUCAGGAGGUCUUGGGAAAAACUGCUACAUGUCACGACAACCUAAAUGUGCAUUGGAGCGCGAAUGGAUCGGCUGUUACAAAGACAAUGGCUAUCAACGGGCGUUUCCAGAACUUCUUCUUACCGCAAGAGAUAAUACGUCUGCAGUUUAUUUCGGAGAGAACAUAAAUUGGAAAGAUUGGGAAAACUUCAUCGACAGGUUUACUUGCGCGUGCGCACAGAAAGCUAAGCAAAAGUACUCCAACUAUUUUGGCAUUGAGUAUUAUGGUGAGUGCUGGGGCGGUGUACGCGCUGAUUACAGCGUCCACGGAAUGUCUGAAGAGUGCAAAAGCAUUACAGGACCGGACUGUUCUUUUAGGAAUUGCGAUGAAGAGUCAAACAAGCCUAAAACUUGCGUCGGAGGACAAUGGGCUUUGUACGUCUAUAAAAUUAAGCUAGUACACCCGCCACCACCCCAACAAUCGACACCACCAACCCCACCAGCCCCGCAACCGUACCCAUAGUGACAUAGUUCCCAUCUUAACCUACGGCGGCGCUGUCAACUAAUCACCAUGUUGUUAGAAGUAGAGGAAGACGAGGGCGAGGAUAUAUCUAACGAGUCGUUUCGUCUGUAGUGAUUUUGUGUGUUUUGAUAACCGGAGCAGAUGUAGCAUAGAAUGAAAUAAAUCAAGACCGCAAUACCAAA